UGUCAUCCAAUCUGGAUGGCUCACUUAGUUCCGUCCGAUUUCCAAACCAGUUAAGACCGUGACGCCUCCACCUGCUGUCAGUAGCGGAGAAAAUGAAGUCAUCACUGGAUCUGGGCCUAGUCCUCCUCCUCCUGGCCUGCCUAGUCCUACCGUUGCAAAGCUCAUCCCCAAGGAAUCUCACUGCCUUCCUGGGACACCGACAGAAGCGCUGGCUGAUCUACCAGAACAGCGGAUCGAUGAAGUUCAGCAUCGGCCCCUCGCUGCCCAUCCCCCUGGAGGACAAGGUGUCCUUCCGAUCGUGUGUGCUGUCGUUCACCAUUCAGGGCGGCACCUACAACCUGCCCACUUCGCCUAUUUGGCCGUGGGACAAGUGGGAGGGCACCUUUGCCAGGUCCUUGACCCAAAUGAGGAAGAACAUCGAGAGGCACACAGCUGGCGGUGGAGUGCGGUACGCGGACGAUGCCCGACUCGUGGUCUACACCGCUCUAGAAGACUACAUUGGCAGGAGGAACAACGACCGGGACAUGGGCAAGCAGUGCCUUCUCCGAUCCAUCUGCGAGAAUGCUCAGAUCCAUCAUCAUGUUGGCGUGUUUUCCGAAAUCAUGGACAUCGUCCUUAGUCCCGGCAAAGCGGAGCUGGAUGAGUCCUACCACGAUGCCUACGCCGCCGGAAGGGCAGGAGCCGAUUGCCUGAACCUGUACAGGACCUGUCCUCGGGGCUCCAACUUCCUAGACGAGCUCCUGAUUGUUGAGGAUGAUUGAUUUAGUGCUGUGGCUGUGCCUGCGGCUAUGGCUGGUGGAGA